CAGGAGCAGUUGGCGGAAGAGAUCGCGCUCCCUGGCUGCCGGCUCGCCUUCUGCCGGGAGUUCUUGCGGCCAGCGUCUCGGCGUCUGCUCUCGACCCGGGGUCAUUUGUCGGCGUCCUCGGUGCCCUCCGUCACCCGGCUGGGGCACAUCGAGGCGGCCCCCUCUCCCGACGGCGUUCCAUGGAGUAGCGUCCCGGACCGUUGUCCCGAAGAGCGAGAUCGAGCUUGGCCCCCUCCCCCUCCCUUCUCCCUCCCUCCUUCCUUCCGCCGCAACAUGGCUAACAACAGCCCCGCGCUGACAGGCAACUCGCAGCCGCAGCACCAGGCCGCCGCGGCCGCGGCCCAGCAGCAGCAGCAGUGCGGCGGCGGUGGCGCCACCAAGCCGGUGGUCUCGGGCAAGCAGGGCAACGUGCUGCCGCUGUGGGGCAACGAAAAGACUAUGAACCUCAACCCCAUGAUCUUGACCAACAUCCUGUCGUCGCCUUACUUCAAAGUGCAGCUCUACGAGCUCAAGACCUACCACGAGGUGGUGGACGAGAUCUACUUUAAGGUCACACAUGUUGAACCGUGGGAGAAAGGAAGCAGGAAAACAGCAGGCCAGACAGGGAUGUGCGGAGGGGUUCGAGGUGUUGGAACAGGAGGAAUUGUUUCUACAGCUUUUUGCCUGUUAUAUAAAUUAUUUACUCUGAAGUUAACUCGCAAGCAAGUGAUGGGUCUCAUAACACACACAGACUCUCCAUAUAUUAGAGCCCUUGGAUUUAUGUAUAUAAGGUACACACAGCCUCCUACAGAUCUAUGGGACUGGUUUGAAUCCUUCCUUGAUGAUGAAGAGGACCUAGAUGUGAAGGCUGGUGGAGGCUGUGUAAUGACCAUUGGAGAAAUGCUGCGAUCUUUUCUCACAAAACUGGAGUGGUUUUCUACCUUGUUUCCAAGAAUUCCUGUUCCAGUUCAGAAGAAUAUUGAUCAACAGAUUAAAACCCGGCCUAGAAAAAUCAAGAAAGAUGGGAAGGAAGGUGCUGAGGAAAUAGACAGAUAUAUUGAACGCAGACGUUCAAGGUCUCCAAGGAGAUCGCUGAGUCCACGGAGAUCCCCAAGAAGAUCAAGAAGUAGAAGCCAUCAUCGGGAGGGCCAUGGGUCUUCUAGUUUUGACCGAGAAUUAGAAAGAGAGAAAGAACGCCAGCGACUAGAGCGUGAAGCCAAAGAAAGGGAGAAGGAAAGGCGAAGAUCCCGAAGUAUUGAUCGGGGGUUAGAACGCAGGCGUAGCAGGAGUAGGGAAAGGCAUAGAAGUCGUAGUCGAAGUCGUGAUAGGAAAGGGGAUAGAAGGGACAGGGAUCGGGAAAGAGAGAAAGAAAAUGAAAGAGGUAGAAGACGAGAUCGUGACUAUGAUAAGGAAAGAGGUAAUGAGCGAGAAAAGGAGAGAGAGCGAUCAAGAGAACGGUCCAAGGAACGGAGAAGCAGGGGUGAGGUAGAAGAAAAGAAACAUAAAGAAGACAAAGAUGACAGGCGGCAUAGAGAUGACAAAAAAGAUUCCAAGAAAGAGAAAAAACACAGUAGAAGUAGAAGCAGAGAAAGGAAGCAUAGAAGUAGGAGUAGAAGUAGAAAUGCAGGGAAACGCAGUAGAAGCAGGAGCAAAGAGAAAUCAAGUAAACAUAAAAAUGAAAAUAAAGAAAAAUCAAAUAAACGAAGUAGAAGUGGCAGUCAAGGAAGAACUGACAGUGUUGAGAAAUCAAGAAAACGGGAACAUAGCCCCAGCAAAGAAAAAUCUAGGAAGCGUAGCAGAAGCAAAGAACGUUUCCACAAACGAGAUCACAGUGAUAGUAAGGACCAGUCUGACAAACAUGAUUGUCAAAGGAGCCAAAGUAUAGAACCAGAGAGCCAAGAAAAACAACUUAAAAACAAAGAAGAGACUGUGUGAAAAUUUUUUGUAAAAGUGGAUCACAUUGAAUCCUAUAAUUGUUUGAUUAAAUCUGCUUUUUUCCCCUCCUCCCAAGUUGAGAUUGUGCAGUAGUUACGCACUCUUCAAGCUCCCUGUAGGCUGCAUUUUCAUUUCCUCUUUUGUGUAGGGAAGUGCCUUUGUAAUCCCAUUUAUUGCAUUGAUGUUUUCACCCAAUUGUUUGUUGAGUUUAAUACAUGAUGCACAGAUUGUUCUUGCAUUUUUAUUGUUUAAUUGUUUUGGAGAUGUACAGUCUGUACAUAUGUCCUGAAAAUGUUUUAAUUCGUUUGGCAUGGUUGCCAUGUUGGUUAAAUUUGUAUAAGGCAAUAAACUGCCACUAAUUCUAUUUUUGUUUUGUAGGUGUGGGAUUAUGGUUUGUGUACUGAAGUUAGCAUGGCUGUGCUUUUCGUAAUAGAAUGCUAAAGACUUUGAGAAUGGAUCUUGGAUGUCUAUUAUAGGAGAAUUAUGUGCUUUCAGUGUACAUGAAGGCAGCAGUUGUAGGAUUAACAUUCUUGUCCACUGUAUAUUAUCUUGGAAGGCGCUUGUUAAUAUGUUAUGCUUAAUAUUCUCCACAGUUAACUUUAGAGAGAAUUUAGUUUCUGAUGCAGAGGUUUAAAUUAGGCUGUGAUAUGAUCAAAAGUCCUUUUAGCAUUCUACCUCAAAGGGACACUGUUAGUAUGCCUAAAAUUUAUUCACUUAGUUUUCCUUUUUUAUUUGAAAAAAUACAUGAUAUGUAAUCUUUUUUUUUUCUUGACUUUUUCAGAUUUUAAAGUACUAUAUUAAAGGAAAAAUUAAUGUCUAAAGCCUAGCAUUCUUGCAGCAACCCUAUACUAACGUGAAAUUGGGAGAGGGUGGGGCAGAUGAGUAGAGAAAUAGAUUUCAAGCCUCAAGCUUCUGAAGCAUUUUUAUAAAUGGAAAAUACAUAAAUUAUGAAACA